AUGAUGGAGAUCACCAAGAUGCAUGAACGCUUGAGAGGAAAUCCCCUCUUCAGCGAUCCCAGUUCCUGUCUUGUGUUGACACUCCAUAGCAUGCUGAGUGGCGAGGAUCACGCCAAGGUCUUUGAUGCUCCACGGAAAGGUGUGCGGAAGAUCGUCCUAAGCACCAACAUUGCCGAGACCGGUGUGACGAUUCCGGACGUGGUCUUUGUGGUUGACUCCGGAAAAGUGAAAUGUCAAAGAUAUCACGAGCCUUCCAACACUUCAUCCUUGAAAGAGCAGUUCAUCUCAAAAGCAGAGGCCAUGUCGAUCGUAAUUCAUGCAUGGCGUCACACCUGCAACUCGCGAGAUGGCUUGUCUCCAGCAUACUAG